CCCAGCGUCAGCAGCUCUCGCCAGUUCACGAUGUCAGAUGUUUCGACUGUGUUUCAGCUCAUACCGGCUGCUCAGAAGUAUGACUGGGGCAAGCCUGCCAAGUCGUCGAGCGUGGCCCGUUUCGCCUCCGCAUCCGGCAUAACCAUCGACGAAUCCGCGCCUUACGCCGAGCUAUGGAUGGGAACCCAUCCUUCCGCCCCUUCAAGACUCACCGAUGGCACCGUUACAUUAUCCGAACACCUCCAAAGACACCCUGAGCUGAUCGGCGCAAAGGUUCUCGAACGAUUCCAUGUGGAGAAUGGAAAUCUACCAUUCUUGCUCAAGAUCCUGGCAAUCGACAAGGCACUAAGUAUUCAGACACACCCGGACAAAUCUAUGGCCGAGAAACUCCAUGCGGAGCGACCGGAUAUUUACAAAGAUGACAAUCACAAACCGGAGAUGGCGCUCGCUAUAACGCCGUUUACCGCACUAUGUGGAUUCCAGCCCCUCGAAUCCAUCGCUGCUCGCCUGGAAGACUCCCCUGAAUUCGCAGCUUUAGUGCCACCAGAGGACAGGCAGAAGCUCAUCGACAGCACGACGCCGUCGGCGGAGGACGGCGCUCAGCAGAAGGCCGCCCUUAGAGCGGUUUUCACCGCCGUCAUGACGGCCCCUGAGCAUCUCUUCAAGGAGCAACUGAGUCUCUUGAUCCAACGAUACACGUCCUCCGCCGGUGUGCAGCCAACGCCGCCGGACGAUCUGAAAGAGCUUGUGCUUCGCCUUCAUUCGCAAUUUCCCGGCGACAUCGGCAUUUUCUGUGCAUUCAUGCUCAACUAUGUGAAACUGACGCCAGGAGAGGCGAUAUUCCUCGGCGCUGGAGAGCCUCAUGCAUACGUCUCCGGAGAUAUCGUCGAGUGCAUGGCCACGUCGGAUAACGUCAUACGUGCAGGGUUGACUCCGAAACUGCGAGACGUACCAAACCUCGUGUCUGGGCUCACUUACGUGGCGGCGCCAUCAUCGAAACACGUCGUGAAACCCGCGACCGGGCCAUCGGGGGCGACGAAGCUCUACGACCCCCCAGUGCCUGAAUUCGCCGUACUCCAAACGGUUCUACCGGCAGGCGCUUCUGAGGAGCAUCCCGCCCUCGAUGGCCCGAGCAUCGCGAUUGCCACUCACGGUCGGGGAAAACUCACAUGGCCUGACGGGGAAACGGAGAUCAACACCGGCGAGGUGUUCUUCGUGGGUGCUGGGACGCCGUUGCGGCUGACUUCCCAGGGGGAGGCCGAUUUGGUACUACAUCGUGCCUUUGUGGAGGCGACUUGA